UGUUUGCUGUUCCCUCAUUCCUCUCUCCAGGGCAGCUACGGGAUGGCACUCUCUAUCUUGUUCCUUUGGCUGCUCCUGCCUGGGCUGGUUCCCUGUUCCUGUAACCCAAAGACACCACUCACAGAGAUCUCAAACAUGUCACGAAUACAAGUGAUCCAAGGGGCACCUCCGCUCUUCAACAACCAAAAAUUUGCCUUGAGCCUGUACAAACAGCUACCAGAGCCCAGAAUAGGCAGGAACUUAAUCUUCUCUCCACUCAGCAUCAUUGUGCCUCUAGUGCUGCUGAUCUUCCAGAAUAAGCCAGAAGCCCAGCACCAGGUUCUGCAGGAUCUAGGGUUCAGAGUCACGGGAGCCUUGGAUACUAAAGCCGCCAUGCAGUAUGGGAAGCUGCUGAGUACCCUGCUGCAUACCGAGCACUGCGGGAUCCACACUGGAAGUUUGCUCUUUAUAGACAAGACUCUAAAGCCAAAAGAGACAUUUCUCGCACUAGCCAACAGCUCCUACAACAGCGAUGUCGUCCUCGUCUCUUUUGGGAACCAUGGGUUGGCCAGAAAGCAGAUAGACUCAGCCAUUGAUGCCAAGACCCAUGGCAAAGUUACAAGGCUGCUGAGAAAUCUGAAGCCACCAACUAAUUUGUUUCUGGUCAAUUAUAAUUUCUUUAAAGGGAAAUGGAAAUAUUCCUUUAACCCGAAGUACACAGUGAUGAGGCACUUCUCGUUAGGUCCUGGGAUCGUUACCCUGGUACCAAUGAUGCAGAAGAUAGCCUGGUUCCAGCUACAGUAUUUCUCCCAGAUGCACAGCUAUGUUCUCCAGCUGCCAUUCACCUGCCGCAUCUCAGGCGUCUUCUUUCUUCCCAAUGAUGGAAAACUUAAGGAUUGUGAGGAGGCACUGUUGGAGCAGAGUUUUGACACGUGGAUUCAGCCCUUUCCACUGAAGAAGAGGUGGCUGUUUUUCCCCAAAUUCUCCAUACCUGUUGCUCUUCGGCUGGAAAGGUUCAAGCAUGUUAACAGUAACCUUAAACUGUUCAACAAACACAUGGACCUCUCAGGAAUCACCCUGCAAAAGGCACCCUUGAGGGUCACCACGGCAGUACACAGGGCAGAGCUGACUGUGGAUGAGGAUGGAGAUGAAAAGGAUGUCUCCCACAGCCAAAUCCAACCCGAGCCAGGCCUUGCUGUCCUCCACUUCAACAGAUCCUUCCUCCUCCUAAUCCUGGAUGAGGCCAGCAACAGCCUUCUCUUCAUGGGGAAAGUGGUGAAUCCCAGUAGAGUCAACAUGAAUAGUGGACUUGGUCCCUGA